CGACACACGUUUUCGAUACCGUCGAAAUGCCCGGUUCAGAACAGACAUUUGCGUUCACGGCACCGGUGGACGGCGAAGAGUGCGACACGAAAGACGGCCGCAGAUCGCUGUCACCGUCCGCGAAGGUCCGUCGUCGAUGGCCGACCGCCUUGGUAGCACGCGCGUGGAACGCUCUCGUAGCCAGCGAACGAAAGCGGAGGGCCGAGAGAUCAGUGCUGUUGCACGGCAUGUGCGCCACCGCCAUCGCUCUGGCCGAAACGCGUCACUUCCCGGCGUCCGUGGCGGCAGCGUUGACCACGUUCUUGAUCGGCGUGUGCGGUCUGACUCCGGCGCUGGAUUUCGUCUCCGCUGUAGAGACCGUCCGGAAAACAUGGCACGGCCUACAAAGGUUGUUGGGCCGUUCCGUUGUACUGCUGUACGAGCAACGGUACCGCGUUAACCGUAGCCUUCGUUCCGAUACCGUCGAACGUCCACAGCCCGUCACCAAAGUCGCAUCCGCCAAAACGUACGAAAACUGUACGUACGACGACGGUUUCGAAGACAGUCGUCCACCUUGCCGGGGUACUGCACUGAACGUAAUCGCGCGUAAUUGGUUGAAGAUAAAUCGCAGGCUGCGUUUACUCUCAACGUUACGCGACGUCCGUCUUCCGAUUCGUUGCCGAUAUGACCCGGAUGCCCGCACCACCGAAAUCUCAGCCCGUUCAACCGUCGCUAACUCGACUAGAACCGCAACCGAGAUCGCUGUCGAAACUAUUGCGACCACGGAUUUAGGUUCUUCGAUCGAAGAUGAUGACUGUCGUGAUCACCGGUCGUCGUACAGCACGCACUUGCCAGUACUUGGUGCUCCAUUCGACACCACCAGAGAUGAAGACGAUAACGACGCUAAUUCACGCGGUGUUAAAUUUCAACCUGAUUUCACCGGAUGUCACCAGUAGCACACACAGAGGUGGAAUUAGAACCAACGCCCCGAAAUUCAAAACCCGCCGUCAAAAAUUUGUUGUAAAUCGAGUUUUACAAUUAGCAACAUAAUUAUCUUAUAUACCACAUUGUAAAAUAAUGAAAUCAAUAAUCGUUUAUUCGGUUAUAAUAGUGAUAGUACAAAUGAUGUACUGAUAAUAUUUGUCAUCUCCUAUCUAGGAAAUUAUUAUAUCCGCACUCCCUGGAAAAAAUCCCGCGUGCGUUACUGGAUAUCGCUAACUAAGUUAGUUUUAGGUGUAACUAUCAAUAAAUAUAGGUAAUUCGUACGGGUAUUUGUACAGUAAGUAUAUUAAUUUUCGAAAGGCAUAUUAUUAUAGUUUUAGUGGGGGAGGGGGAACACGAUUCAGACACCGCGUGAACACUUUGUUUUUCAAUAAUAUUUCUUCGAGCAAAAGUUCGUAUGAUUUAUGCGUUCCUAUCCAGUACUAUUCUAUUCUGUAUGCGUAAUGGUGUUGCGUCACAUUUGACACGGUAAUUGCGUCGUGUUUUAUCUAUUUUAGUGAAAAUACUUUCCAUACGUUUUUCACUUAGCCGAUAUUUUCAAACUGUAAGUCUUGAUUCAAAAAAUGCAUUAAAGGCUGCUAAUGUUCAAAAUAAUAUUCAGGAUAUUAGAGAAGAUUGUUAUGUAGAAUUUCAACAAUUAUUUUUAUCCGUAAUUACUGUCUGUGGAAAAUUUGAUAUUAUUGUUGGUUUGCUACGUCAAUCUAAAUCAGAUGAUCCAGAAUAUUUUUUUAAGUAUUCAUGUCUUUUAUAGAUAAUUGUUUAGACCAAUUGAACGAAAGAUUUAUAUCGCACAUGAUUG